UUUACCAGAGAGAAUCCAGAGACUGUGUGUUUUACUGGCUGUCAUGAUGGAGCUGACAGCUAAUGUAGGCUGUGGCAACAGAGGAGGAAUUGUAGUGAGCUGAUAGGAAGAAGCAAGCAGUGAUACUGAAGUCCUAUAUACUUGUAGGAUACAGCCAGGUCUUGGGAACUCCUGUGUCUGGAGAAGCUGCUCUGCUGGCAUUACAUGAAGAGUUUAUUGCAGUCCUCCAUUGCUAGGACACAUAGGUGAUGGAGGGGAAAUUAGCAACCCACUCCAGGGCUGGACUGGCAUUUGAAAGGGUUUAAGCAUUAACUCAUUCUAGUGUGUUUAGUAAAUGAACUAUUACAUCUUAGUGUUGUUGCUUCCUUCUUUUCCCUCAUUUACAUGAAUAUCUGUUCUGUCUUUAUCUAACCUCUAGUGACUUAAAAUCUAGUUUUAUAACUUUGUGCAAGUGUCCUCUCUGCUAGGCAAGACCUGGAUAAAAGAUUUCCGGGCAGUAUGGAUACGCAAGCCAUAUGAAUUUAACACUUGGUGAGGUGGAGAAGAGAGGAUGAAAAGUGGUCAACCUGCAGAUAGAGGACGAUGAUUCCCGUGACCGAGUUUCGCCAGUUCUCAGAGCAACAGCCAGCAUUCAGGGUGCUGAAGCCUUGGUGGGAUGUAUUCACAGACUAUCUCUCCGUUGCCAUGCUCAUGAUCGGUGUGUUUGGGUGCACGCUACAGGUCAUGCAAGACAAGAUAAUAUGCCUUCCAAAGCGCAUCCAGCCUUGCCAGAACCAAUCUAAUAGUUCAAAUGUGUUUAACACAAUCCCGGAUACAACCCCUCUUCCUCCACCCAAGCCAUCCACCCCUCCAGCUACAGUUGAAAUGAAAGGACUGAAGACUGAUUUGGACCUUCAGCAAUACAGCUUUAUAAAUCAGGUGUGCUAUGAACGUGCCCUGCACUGGUAUGCCAAGUACUUCCCUUACCUUGUCCUUAUACACACACUGGUCUUCAUGCUGUGUAGUAACUUUUGGUUCAAAUUCCCUGGAUCGAGCUCCAAGAUUGAGCACUUCAUUUCAAUACUUGGGAAAUGUUUUGAUUCUCCCUGGACAACAAGAGCCUUAUCCGAAGUGUCAGGGGAAGACUCUGAAGAUAAAGAUAACAGGAAGAACAACGUAAACAAGUCUAAUACUAUCCAGCCAAGCACUGAAGGCACUUUGGUCAAGACACAGUCUUUAAAAUCAAUCCCUGAGAAGUUAGUUGUAGAUAAAGGAACACAUGGGGCAUUAGAUAAGAAAGAAGGGGAACAGGCCAAAGCACUGUUUGAAAAGGUGAAGAAGUUUCGCCUGCACGUGGAGGAGGGUGACAUACUCUAUGUCAUGUAUGUUCGCCAGACUGUACUUAAGGUAAUUAAAUUCCUCAUUAUCAUUGCUUACAACACAGCAUUAGUCUCGGAGGUGAAUUUUACAGUAGUCUGUAAUGUUGAUAUUGAAGACAUGACCGGAUAUAAGAACUUCUGCUGCAAUCACACGAUGGCACAUCUGUUCUCUAAGCUUUCUUACUGCUACCUGUGCUUUGUAAGCAUCUACGGCCUCACAUGCCUUUACACACUGUACUGGUUGUUCUACCGAUCACUGAAAGAGUAUUCUUUUGAAUAUGUUCGGCAAGAGACAGGAAUUGAUGAUAUCCCAGAUGUCAAGAAUGACUUUGCUUUUAUGCUUCAUAUGAUUGAUCAGUAUGAUCCUCUCUAUUCCAAGAGGUUUGCUGUCUUCCUGUCUGAGGUCAGUGAAAAUAAGCUGAAACAGCUGAACCUAAACAACGAGUGGACUGCAGAUAAGCUGCGGCAGAGGCUACAGACGAACUCCCAUAGCCAUUUGGAGCUACAGCUUUUCAUGCUCUCUGGACUGCCCGACACAGUCUUUGAGAUUACUGAGCUGCAGUCAUUGAAACUUGAAAUCAUCAAUAAUGUCAUGAUACCAGCAACCAUUGCACAAUUGGACAACCUCCAGGAGCUCUCGCUGCACCAGUGCUCUGUGAAGAUCCACAGUGCCGCCUUAGCUUUUCUGAAGGAGAAUCUCAAGAUCUUAAGUGUCAAGUUUGAUGACAUCAGAGAACUUCCACACUGGAUGUAUGGCCUCAGAAACUUGGAAGAGCUCUAUUUAAUUGGCUCCCUAAGCCACGACAUUUCCAAGAACAUUACACUGGAGUCUUUUCGGGAGCUUAAAAGCCUUAAAGUUCUUUACAUAAAAAGUAACUUAUCCAAAAUCCCACAGUCUGCAGUCGAUGUUUCAAGUCACCUGCAAAAACUAUGCAUCCAUAACGAUGGCACUAAGUUAGUGAUGCUCAACAACCUGAAGAAGAUGGUCAACCUGACACAGCUGGAAUUGGUUCAUUGUGAUUUAGAGCGCAUACCUCAUGCAGUCUUCAGCCUUCUCAGUCUUCAGGAAUUGGACCUAAAGGAAAACAACCUCAAAUCCAUUGAAGAAAUAGUAAGUUUCCAACACCUGCGAAAACUGACAAUCCUAAAGCUGUGGUACAACAGCAUAACGUACAUCCCAGAGCAUAUAAAGAAACUCACCAGUCUUGAGCGGCUUUCCUUCAGCCAUAACAAAAUAGAGGUUCUUCCGUCCCACCUAUUCCUAUGCAACAAAAUCAGAUACUUGGAUUUAUCUUACAAUGACAUUCGCUUUAUCCCACCUGAAAUAGGAGUUCUGCAAAGUUUACAGUACUUUUCCAUUACCUGCAACAAAGUGGAGAGCGUGCCAGAUGAACUGUACUUCUGCAAAAAACUGAAGACUCUGAAAAUUGGGAAAAAUAACUUGUCGGUCCUUUCUCCUAAAAUCGGGAAUUUGGUGUUCCUCUCCUACUUGGAUAUUAAAGGCAAUCACUUUGAAAUCCUUCCACCUGAACUCGGGGAAUGCAGAGCUCUGAAACGAACUGGUUUCACUGUAGAGGACACCUUGUUUGAGACGUUGCCUUCUGAUGUCAGGGAACAAAUGAAAGCUGAAUGACUAACUUCUGCUGCGUUACAUACCGAAAUAACGCUUCUACCAAAUAAUAUGCAUUUAGUUUGUCAUUAUUAUUUUUUCUUCUUUUUUCCAAACAAGUCCUUUCUGUACAAAUUUGGAGCAAGGAGUACAUAUAUUUUUAAAUAAAAUUUCCUUGUAUUUUUUCA